ACAAAGCGCGGACGACUCACGUUUAUUAGUAAUCACUAUCUUAUCUAGGAGCGAUAAGCCUGUGCUAAAAAACACACCCGUGCUCCUUGUGUCGUACCGUAAACUUACGUUUUAAUAAAAAAAAACCCUUGUAAUAUUGUGAUCACUUUGUUAAAUUCGUUAUUAAAAUAACUAAAAUGGCUCUAAAGAAGCCCCUAUUGUUCUACGUCGCCGUUAUUUUAGUUAUAUUAAGCACAAUCGCUCAAGAAGCAGAAGCAAGAAGAAAAAUUCUUAGAGGAAGACGUGUUAUGACAAGGACGUACUACCAUGGCAACGCUGUACCGGCAUGGGCCAUCAGUCUGAUGUCAGGAAUAGGCAUGCUGCUCGUUGGUGGAGUUCUGUACGUGGUAAUGCGUAAAAUAGUGCUCUCGUCUGAAACUGGCUCCCUCAACACAUACCAGCCGGCGUUACAGAAUGAAGAUGUUUAAUUCGCAAUUUUUUUUAUAACUUAUCGAUUUCUUUACGAAAUUUUAAUAAUUAAAGUUUUUAUAGGUUAGCAAAUUGUAAUUUUAAAAUUAGCUUUUAACGAAAAUGUCCAGAUCAGAGGUAUUUUAAACUCAUUUAUACUACCGUAAAAUAACAAUAGUGUGCGUGUUAUUUUCGUUGGUUUUGGUAAUUCAGACUUGACCUUUAAAAUU